CGUCAAACAGGCAGAACAACGCUGUGUCUGGAAAUGUAACAUCUUCGCUUUGAAGAACAGUGAAGCACGAUGUGGAUUACUCUUUAUCUCCUCACACUCGUCUGGUUUUCUAAGACCCAAGCUGUCGACCUUUGUGAAAAUGUCAUCGCUGAGUGUCAAAAAGUUGAUCUCUCCUGGACCAGAUGCUAUGAGGACAGAAUUGCAUCCUGUAUACUAGGACGCCGUUUUCCUGUAAAUUUCAGCCGUCAGAUGGUGAACCUAUCUCAAGAGGCCAGGGUAAGUCCCACUCUUCAACACAGGGUUCACAUUCCAUCCUCAGCCCUUCAAAGAAGCAGAGGAGCUGCAUCUGUGGAGGAGGUACUUCUGGUGGCCACUGUGAUCAACAGCACUUUGUUCAAGCUGAGUCCUCCUCUGCCAAAAGGAAGGGGGAGAGGGUUAUUGCCAAAUCAAGCUACCAGCAGGCAAGUUAUGGACGGAUUUGUCCUGGCAGUGAGGGCAGGGAGCGUUCCUGUAAAAAACCUUUCACAACCCAUCAUAUUAACCUUCAAAUGCAACGAACAGGUAAUAAAUGGGACCUGUGUGUUUUGGGAGGAGUCGGCGCUGGAGGAUGGAACAGGUACUUGGAGCACAGACGGCUGUGUUACCACUGUCAACAGAACAGAAUUUAUUUGCAGCUGCAACCACCUGAGCUUCUUUGCUGUGCUUGUGAACCCUGCAAUAUCAGUGGAUACAAGGAAUGCUGUGAACCUAAGCUAUAUCACCUACAUUGGAUCAGCUCUGUCCGUCUUCUUCACAGUGAUCAGCUUGAUUAUCUUUAUAUGUCUACAACGGCGGCGUCCAGAGAAGGCCAUCAGUUUGCAUAUGCAGCUAACAGGCGCGCUGCUCUGCCUCCACCUCAGCUUCUUGCUGUGCAGCUUCUGGGUGUGGCAACUGAAGGAGGAUGAGGAGGGCUGGGUUUGUCGGAUUCUGGGUCUUUUUUUACACUGGUCCCUGCUGGCAACCUUCAGCUGGUCGGCUCUGGAAGGAUUCCACCUCUACCUUCUCCUAGUCAGAGUCUUCAACAUCUACGUUAGGAGAUACCUGCUCAAACUAAGCUUGGUGGGAUGGGGUCUUCCUACACUGACUGUAGCAGUUUGUGGGAUUUCAGGUGUUUAUGGCAAAAACAGUCUGGGACUGACUGAUAACAACAACCACAGUUCAACAGGUCAGAUAUGCUGGAUGAGCAGCACGUUCCCACACAGGCUUGUAGUCAGCUACAUCACCACUGUGGCCUUCCCGUGCCUGGUGAUCCUGUGCAAUUCUUGCAUGCUGGGGCUGGUGUUGUUUAAGCUCUGGCGGCUAAGGGAAGGGAGUGAAGGCACUAAAAGCUUGAAGAAGAUGAACGGAGAGAAAGGGACUAGGUUAUGGAAGGACUGUGCCACAUUACUAGGCCUCAGCUGUAUGCUGGGUUUACCUUGGGGAUUAGCGAGCGCCACCUACAUGUCCCUCCCUGGGAUCUAUGUUUUCACUAUACUAAACUCCCUGCAGGGGGUAUGCGUGUUCUUCUGGUCUGUGGCUUUGACCUGCAAGUCUCGAUCUGACAGUAACUCCUCAGUCGGAGACCCCUCCUCUCAGAAAAUGAUGACAACCAGUUUCAAUAACUGAUAUUCACAGCUCACAGAAAUAUAUUACCCAUUUCCUAUAUUAGGUGUUAACUAGACUCCAGCAAUGUGCAGUUAAAUUAUAACUAACAAUAACUUUAUUUGUUAAUGUCUUGCAACUCCUUUAAAUAACUAUUGCAAAUAAAAGCAUGCAUCAAUUGU